AUGUCGUUGUCUUCGGCACAAGAGGCAGCGGCGACGGCGACUGUGACCACGACAGCUCACAAGGUCUCAGCGGAGAUCAGUGAAGACAGCCCCCUCUUCGCACUCUCCCCACUCGAUGGCCGUUACAAACACUCUACGGUCCCUCUGCGCGCCUACUUCUCCGAGUACGCGUUGUUCAAGUAUCGCGUGCAGGUGGAGGUGCUGUACUUCGAAGCGCUGUGCAAGGAAGUGCCGACGAUCACGCAGCUGCGCGGCGUCACGGAUGCCCACCUGGCCCAGCUGCGGGCGGCCACCUUCGAGAACUUCACAGUCGACGAUGCCACGAAGAUCAAGGACAUCGAGGCCGUUACGAAGCACGAUAUCAAGGCUGUGGAGUACUACCUCAAGGACAAAAUGUCUGCCUGCGGCCUCGAGACCGAGAAGGAGUUCAUCCACUUUGGGCUAACGUCGCAGGAUAUCAACAACACGUCUAUUCCGAUGCUCCUGCGCGACGCGCUGCACCACCACUACAUCCCAGCGCUGGAUCAGCUGAUCGCGCUUCUCAAGAGCAAGCUGCCUGAGUGGGAUGUCCCCAUGCUGGCCCGGACGCACGGCCAACCAGCGAGUCCAACGAACCUGGCGAAGGAGUUUAUGGUGUGGAUUGAGCGGCUGGAGGAGCAGCGGGCGAUGCUGCUGAGCAUCCCAAACACCGGCAAGUUCGGCGGCGCGACCGGCAACUUCAACGCGCACCUCUGCGCGUACCCUGGCGUGGAUUGGCGGAACUUUGGGGACCUCUUCCUGAGCAAGUACCUUGGCCUGCGCCGUCAGCGCUACACGACUCAGAUUGAGCACUACGACAACCUCGCCGCCAUCUGCGAUGCAUGUGCGCGGCUUCACACUAUCCUGAUGGACCUGGCCAAGGACGUAUGGCAGUACAUCUCCCUCGGCUACUUCAACCAGAAGGUGAAGGCAGGCGAGGUCGGCAGCAGCGCAAUGCCGCACAAGGUGAACCCGAUCGACUUUGAGAACGCUGAGGGCAACCUUGGCAUGAGCAACGCCGUCCUUGGCUUUCUUUCAGCGAAGCUGCCCAUUUCCCGCCUGCAGCGCGACCUCACAGACAGCACGGUGCUGCGUAACCUCGGCGUUCCGCUCAGCCACGCUCUCAUCGCAUUUGCAUCCCUCCUUCGCGGCGUCGACAAGCUCCUUGUCAACAAGCCCGCCAUCGCGGCGGACCUGGAGAGCAACUGGGCUGUUGUGGCGGAGGGCAUCCAGACCGUGCUGCGCCGUGAGGGCUACCCGAAGCCGUACGAAGCUCUGAAGGACCUGACACGCGGCAACGCGCAAGUUACCAAGGAGACGGUGCGCACCUUCAUCCAGCAGCUCGAGGGCAUCACGGACGAAGUGCGACAAGAGCUGCUCGCCAUCACCCCUUUUACAUAUGUCGGCUACACAAGGUGUUUGUGA